AUGGCCACCGUCACCACUCAGGCAUCGCUCGCCGUCGCUCAGCCGUGCUCUACCAGGUCGAGGUUCCUGGUGGGCUCCGGCAAGCUCCGGCGGUGCCUCUCCGCCGCCCGAACGGCGGCACCCUCGGGGGCGGCGCACGGCGGCGCUCUGAAGGUCGCCGCCAAGAAGGGCGAGUGGCUCCCCGGUCUCGCCUCUCCCGGCUAUCUCAACGGCAGGUAACUUCAAAACCAUCUCCCUCCUUCCUUCCUCCUCCUCCUCCUCCUCCUUCCUUUCUCUUCCUUCUUCUUCCUCCUUCCUCCUUCCCCCUCCUUGUUCCUCCUUCUUCCUUGUCUCUCUCCGGCAAUUUCGAGGUUGCUGAGAAUCGGUGAUGGACCUGCAGCUUGCCGGGGGACAAUGGGUUUGACCCGUUGGGACUGGCGGAGGACCCGGAGAACCUGCGGUGGUUCGUGCAGGCGGAGCUAGUCAACGGACGGUGGGCGAUGCUGGGGGUUGCCGGCAUGCUUCUGCCGGAGAUCUUCACGAAGAUCGGAGUGAUCAACGUGCCGGAGUGGUACGACGCCGGGAAGCAAGAGUACUUCGCCUCCUCCUCCACGCUCUUCGUGAUCGAGUUCAUCCUCUUCCACUACGUGGAGAUCCGGCGAUGGCAAGACAUCAAGAACCCUGGAAGCGUCAACCAGGACCCCAUAUUCAAGAGCUACAGUCUCCCCCCUAACGAGGUCGGCUACCCAGGCGGCAUCUUCAACCCCCUCAACUUUGCCCCCUCCCUCGAAGCCAAGGAGAAGGAGCUCGCCAAUGGUGAUUGUCUUCGAGAGCUUCGUCUCCCUCUUCCUCCCUCUCCAGAUCGUGGUUUCUCAAGAACUUGGGUUUCUUUUGUUUUCUGCAACUCGUUGCAGGGAGACUGGCGAUGCUGGCGUUCCUAGGGUUUGUUAUCCAGCACAACGUAACAGGGAAGGGCCCCUUCGAGAACCUGGCGCAGCACCUGGCCGACCCAUGGCACAACACCAUCAUCCAGACCCUUAAGGGCUAG